CGUAAAUUGUAGAAAACCAGAGUUUUCACACCAAUCCAUCCCUUCUUCCCCACUCAUAAACUCUAUAAAGACCCCCUCACUCCCCACUGUGGCUCUGCACUCGGAAGCCAUGGCUUCUUCAAGAAAGCUUCCGGCUCUCUUCCUCUUCCUCACAGUGAUGCUCUUCGUCUCCACCACCACCCUGGCCUGCCCCUACUGCUCCAGGCCUUUGCCCCCCAAAUCUAAACACCCUAAACCCCACCCACCCAAAUACAAACCCCCGAAAACAUACCCACCCGUCAUCGUUAAGCCCCCCUUCAAACCCCCUCCGGUCAUCGUUAAGCCCCCGGUCAUCAAACCUCCGGUUACCGUUCCCCCUGUUGUAAAGCCCCCCUUCAAACCCCCUCCGGUCAUCGUUAAGCCCCCGGUCAUCAAACCUCCGGUUACCGUUCCCCCUGUUGUAAAGCCACCCAUCAAUCUCCCUCCCGUUACCGUUCCCCCCGUUGUAAAGCCACCAAUCAAUCUCCCUCCCGUUACCGUUCCUCCCAUUGUAAAGCCACCGAUCGAGCUCCCUCCCGUUACCGUUCCCCCCAUCACAAAGCCACCGAUCGAACUCCCACCUGUUGUCACUCCAAUUAUUGGUGGACCGCCACCCUAUACUGGAGGGCCAGGAUGCCCACCACCUCCAGCUUCUGCGACAUGUCCCAUUGAUGCCUUAAAAUUGGGGGCUUGUGUUGAUUUGUUGGGUGGUCUGGUGCAUGUUGGGCUUGGCGACCCGGCAGUGAAUGAGUGCUGCCCCGUGCUGGCAGGGCUGGUGGAACUGGAGGCAGCCUUGUGCCUGUGCACCACCAUCAAACUGAAGCUUCUCAAUUUGAACAUUUUUUUGCCUAUUGCAUUGGAGCUGCUCAUUACUUGUGGAAAGAGCCCUCCUCCUGGUUUUACUUGCCCCCAAUACUAGUAGCCUGAUUUGUACUGCUUUGUAGUGCAGUAGGGGAAAAGGUGAGCAUGUGGUUCUUGUGGAGAGAGAAAGGGUUAGAUUGUGAUGGGUUUGAGAUGAAGAGAAAGAGCUCUAGAUGAUGACACAGACAUGAAAGGAUGUCUGGUCACACUUUUACUGUUUGCUUUGUUUUGUGUAACGUACGCUUGUUGUAUUUGAUUCGAUUGUUGCAUGUGACUUUUGUUGUUUGAACUCGUAUGGCUGCUUUCACCUUAGCUUUUCAGUGGAAUCACCAUGCGUUUGAUUCUAAAAUUUAACAAAUGAUUUGUGA